AUGACAUCCUGCCUUACCACUCCUGAGACGGCACUCUGGUCCCCUGAUCUUUCCACAAUCAAACAUGUGUGGCAUCAGCUCGGACGUCAACUGGGUCCCAGUGCCAAUCUGCAGGAUCUUGAGGGCCAGUUCCAGCAGCUGCAGGGAGCUGACACUAUCAAGAAAUACUGGAGUCGCUACUAUCAGGGAUCCCAGGGAGUUAUCUUUGUCCUGGACAGCGCCUCCUCGGAGGAGGACCUGGAGGUAGCCCGGGCGGAGCUUCACUCAGCCCUGCAGCACCCCCAGCUCUGCACGCUUCCUUUCCUGAUACUGGCCAACCACCAGGACAAGCCCGCCGCACGCUCCGUGCAGGAGAUAAAGAAGUAUUUUGAACUGGAACCACUUGCAAGGGGGAAAAGUUGGAUCCUAGAUGCAAGUUCUGUGGACAACAUGGAAGCCGUGAAGGAAAGUUUCUGUCAGCUGAUACAUCUUCUGGAAGAGAAAGACACAGAAGCUGGAAGGAUAUGAAGCUGCUCUUUCUGCUGGAGGAGGUUAAUGAUAAAUAUAACUAUAACUUAAUGAGUAGCUGACAAAAAACAAUUGGCAUCUCAGUUUGGUAUAUUGUUGAUACUGGGAGAGUGUUGUGAACUACCAGUAAUCCACGGUCAGGUAAGGUAUCCCAAGGAAAUUGUAAAUAUCCUGUAACUUUCCAUCAAUAUAAUCCCAUGAAAGGUAUUUAUGAAAGACAACAAUUUUUAAUGAAUGGCUUGUAAAUGACAUGGUUUAAUUGAAAUGUGCAGCAUUCUGUCAAAUUAAGUACAUGAGAAGUUCUGUGCUACAGAUUUUUAACACAUGCCUGACAUUUACAUUAACUGGAAAGCAUGUUUGUCAAGUGCUAAAAGACUCCCAUCUAAAUAACAUGGAAUGUUUUAAUGAUUCAACUUUGUAGUACCAGGCCUUAAAUGAAAUGUGCAAAAACUCAUUUAUUUUUAUGCGUCUAAAGUCAAAUAGCCUGUAAAACCCUUUGUGUCCCAUUUUUACCCACCUGCAGCGAAGAGUGAAGAGACGCCAAAACGCACCUGUACUUAUAGAGGUGAUAGCAAAGGUGCGUCUUAUCAGAAUAAAAUCAAAAUAGCUAUUAAUUACAUUUUUGUACGUUUUGCUAAUAGUAAUUAACCGAAGCAUGUUGUGAUGCUUAACCCAAAGCAUGCACUGUGGAAUCUGAGAAAGCAUAGGUUUAAAAAAAAAAAAAAGGAACCAUAAACCUUGUUGCUACUUUUGUAUGCACCCACAAAUAUGUAAAAUUAUACCUUAUGGACAUGCCAACUCAAAAACAAGAGUAAUCUGUAAAGGUAAUGACAGAAAUACUCUACAAUAUUCUGUUUUAAGAAAUAAAAAGCAUAAUAAUACUACUAAUAUGGCCAAGUGUGAACUGUCAUAAUAUAAACAAGUGUUUGCAUGCCUUUAUGGUGAUUUUUAAGAGAAACAGAGGUUGAAGAGUUGACUGAAUAACAUGAUACAUUGUCAAACAAAAGUGAUAAAUACAUUACAAGGUGUCUUUUUAUUUGAAUAUGAUCAGCCUAGCACAUUGGAUAAUGACCGUAUAGUUGUCCUCAUUUAUGCAGGUAGAUAUCUGAUUGAAAUCGUCAAUGGACUUUGAAAUCGUAAAUCAUACCUUACUUAUGGGUAUUUCAACACUUGCAGUCUGGGGGACACAGAAUCUGUAACCUUAGCAUUCAAAGUUACAUAUACUUAACUGCUAUGCUUGUGUCAGUAAUGAUUAUUAGUCUAAAUAAUCUGCUAGCGCUGCUAGAAUGUACCUUGCCUUCUAUACAAGAAAUAACCUCAGAAGUACUGGGGACAAAUCGAUCUCCCCUUUUACCAGGAUAACUACGAUGAUUAUAGUGGUCACACUGACUGAAUGUUUAAAACAGGAAGGUUGCAAAGGAAUAUUAGGUAAGAUAAGAGAUGCCAUUGUGCCAGAAUAUGGAAUCAAACCAAAUAUAAAUCUGAAAAGCACAUUGAGUUCCCAAAUUCUGUAAAUCAGUUCAAUCUUUGGGUUUCUCUCUCCCAGUUCACGUCUUCAUUUUGGCUCCCUUACUUAUUUAUACCUGGGUCUCUUGCAUUUUUUGCUAAUACAAGCUGUGGAGCAUUUUGUGUAAGCAUCAAAAUGGAAUUUCCUUUUCAUAUUCCACAUAGAAAGUGGUUCGGCUACCACACAGAUACUUUCAAAAUUGACAUGCACAUGUUACAUUGUUGACCAGCUCAUUGAUAUGUCCUUGGACUUUGCUGUGUAUGACUCUAAGCUUCUCUUCAUGGUGAUGAUGUGCAUUUAUCUAUAUCAUAUAAAGGAGCUCAUUUGGCAGUCAUUAAGGAAAGGCAGUGUGCUCAGUGCUCUGAAGUUGAUAAUAUUUAUUAAUGUAAAUCCUCAUACAUCCUCAACAUAUUUAUAUUUUAUAUGUUGAAGAAUAGGCUGUGUUUUAUUCCUGAGAAUGUUCCCAUUAUGUCUUCAUCUUUAUGUUACUAUUAACCAAAUAGGUGUAUAAACAUUUAUUAAUUUGUGUUUUGGUAUAUUAAGGUAAUGUGAAUAUCACCUCCGUAUAAAAGAAAGCAUUUUUUUCACUAGCCAGUUAAAAUGGCAAAAGGUUGCUUUCUGCUUCGAUUUCUUUUUUUUAUUUUAUUUUUUUUAAUUACACCACAUUUGCAAUUCCACAAACACUCUGGAAUUGGCUUCAAUUUUGCUACUCUGUAGAACCACAUCACUCAUUUAACUCAUUAAAUAAAAACCAAAAUGCUGCGUACUUCAGUCAUAUAUUUAUUAAAUGAAACGGCAUUCAGUUAAUUGGACAGGUUUGUUAGUGACGUUUGUUACCAUGAUUCCAGAAUUUUGUCAUGAUUCUUGAGUUCCGUGCCUGCAGAAAUGUGUUUAUAGAGUUAAAAAUGUAGCAUUCCCUCUUCCGCUAACUGAUGCCUUUCUCCCUUCUCAACUCAAGACGAUGACUACAGUUACAACUAUUCCUUCUUUUCUUCUUUUACCGCAUCAUUUUGGUUUUCUUUCAAAUAUUGUGUGCCGCAGAUUUUUGUAGUGUUUCGUGCAAGACAGUUAUCAAGGUGGGGGAGAAAGUUUUCUGUGAUGCAUUCAGUUUUUUUUGUUUUUGUUUUCAUUUCAAUUUUUAUGCUUGGUGCAGUUUGUUGUAUUUAUAGAACAUAAAAAAAUUGAUAUAGCCUAUUAGCACAGUCAGCUGCCUUUUUUCUAAUUUGUUUAUAAUAGUAAGAACUUUGUACAUUUAUUACCGUAAUCUUGUUAGUUUAAAAUAAGUAUGCCUCUAUUUGUACUGGAAAAACAAAUAUGGACUUAUAUAGUUCACUUUAGUGAGGAUCUGUAAGUCAUUCAUAUGUUCUACUUUAGUUUGUGUAAUUUAAUAAUAAAACAAUUUCCACUGUCCAGCAAUGACAAUAAAAGCUGAAUGGAGGACUGUG